AUGGAGACUACGCUGAAUGCCUUCCAGGGCAACUGUCACUGUGGUGCGAAUCGAUACCAGAUUCAACUCCCAGAGUGUCCCUCUUUGGUGAUUUGUGACUGCUCGCUGUGCACAAAAAAGGGACACGUCUGGAUUUACGAUGCCGAGGAGAGCUUGAAGAUCACAAAGGGGUGCACGGGCGAGACGUUGACAUCUUACACCGCGUCAGACACUGAGGCCUUGAGGCAUGAGUUCUGCAAUGUCUGCGGCACCUCUCUCUUCGGGACACAUACCUCUGGCGUUCAAGCCGGAAAGAAAGGCAUAAACUUUCGAGUGAUUGUCUCUGCUUUUCAAGAUGUAUUCAUCAAGGGAAGGAGUGUCGUGACCAUCGGCCCUUCAGCUACAUACUUACCUUAUUCAGGCUCUUUGAGUUUCGUUGAAAAAGCAUCUUCAUCUCCGCCGGUUGAAUUCCGCGGCACGCCGCCCGAUGCACCUGGGGACGACCUCACGCUGUAUACUGGAGGCUGCGAUUGCGGUGCCGUUCAAAUUGCGCUCAAGACCAAAUCUCUUUCUGAAGUCCAGAUCAAAGAGGAUAAUUGCAGCAUAUGCGUUCGCAACGGCUUCAUUGGAGUGUAUCCUCACCAGUCUCAUGUGAGUAUUGUCGGCAAAGACCAGACGCAAGACUAUCAGUUCGGCCGCAAAUUCAACGGGUCACCCUUUUGUCGCACCUGUGGCGUACACUGUUUUGGCAACCUGUAUGGGCCGCCAAAAGAGAUCAUAGCUAGACUCCCAGAGGCAAAGCAGGAGUUUGUGCGAAAGCAACUCGAGGUUCAGCCGCUGAACGUCCGUGUUCUUGAAGGUUUCGAGUGGGGUACUGUCGAUAUUGAAUGGAGCAACGACGGAACGGAGGGCUAUAGUGUGUCCGAUUGA